AAUCUUAUGGUGCCCACGGAACUAACAACACCAGACCUGAUCGAAGCAUACUCUGGCGACAAAGUGGAGACCUUCGACCAGGACAGCCGCAGGGGUGACACCUCUCCCCCCACCAACCCACAAAAGCAGCAAACGCACCGAAACCCGGACAAGCACCAGUGCCGCUUCUGUCCUUACUCAUGUCCUUCUGCAGCCGGUAUCGCCAUCCACGAGAGGACUCACACUGGAGAGAGGCCCUUCAGUUGCGAUGUUUGCGAGAAAACGUUCCCGCAUAAGGCUACCUUGAAGGCUCACGUUCGAACUCACACCGGAGAGAAGCCGUUCAAGUGCAACACGUGCAGCAGGGCCUUUGCUCAGAAACACAACUUGGCGGUUCAUGAGAAGAUUCACAUCGGAGAGAAGCCGUUCAAGUGCAACACGUGCAGCAGGGCGUUCACUCAGAAAACUCGCUUGGCGAAUCAUGAGAGGACUCACACCGGAGAGAAGCCGUUCAAGUGCAACACGUGCAGCAGGACGUUUACUCUGAAAGGUGGUUUGGCGGUUCAUGAAAGGACUCACACAGGAGAGAAGCCGUUCAAGUGCGAGACCUGCGGUAGAGCGUUUGCGGCUUAUAGCAAUUUACACACUCAUCGGAAGUUACAUCGCAAGUUAUCGAAACAGCAACGUGCAUCAUAG